AUGGCGGGAAACAAGGACCUGCAUGAGCUGCGUCCAGGAUGCAUAUUCCAGCCUCUCCACAACAGCAUCCCUUCAGACCUACUCCCACGCUUUGACCCGGUCUACGUAGAGUACUACAACAAAUACAAUGCCGGUCGGCUGCAUACGCAUGAGGUGCCGAUUGAAGUCUUUCGCAAAGACCCGGCCAAGUACUUGACGGCGUACGGUCGUGCUGCAGGUCCGGAUGUUUUCAGCAUAACCGAGAAGACGUGCGCGGUUAAAGACGGAGAGAUCAAGAUUCGUAUCUUUGAGCCCGCGCCUAUCCAUGAUGAGCAGGGUCGGCCCAAAAAGAGAGCCGUUUACAUCAACUUUCAUGGGGGUGGCUGGGUCUUUGGCAAUCUUUCGACUGACCAUGACUUUUGCAAACGCCUCGUGGAUGGACUCGAUGGUCACCUGGUAGUGUUUGACGUAGACUAUCGGCUUGCGCCUGAGUACAGGUUCCCCACUGCCGUGGAGGACUGCUGGGCCGCCUUCAACUGGGUUAGGUCUCAAGCAGGAGAUUUCAAUCUCGACUUGAAUAGGAUAUCAGUGGGCGGGCCAUCUGCCGGAGGCCAUCUUUCCGCGGUAAUAGCCCACCACUGUCGAAACGCCAACAUUCCGCUUGCGUUGCAGGUUCUUGUGGUGCCUGUCUGCGACUUGCACAGUUCGUUCACGCCAGAUGGUGAGUUUGACCGGGAGAAUUCUCCGUACGACUCGUAUCGGGAGAUGGAGUUCACCGUGGCCCUGCCAGUCGCGAGGAUGUCAUACUUUCAUAAGCAUUUCCUCGGGGUACCACGACCCGCUCCGUCGGAAGAUGUAAGUUGUCCUUGGUAA